CGCAGGGGUGCGCACCGUCAGCAUCCCCUGCCCUCGACGCCGUCCAGGUCGACGUUUUGUGUCGCCGAUCGUGUCGAUGUGGUUUGAACCGGGGCUGCGCUCCCAUAGGUCGGCUCCGCCAUCGCACUAAAACACGCCUCGCUCCCGAGGAGAGGAUUAUUACACAUCGGAUUCCGCCGCUCAGGAAUUUUUUCCUUUUUUCUUUUUCUCUUUCCGUGGUCCCAUCGCAGUCGGCGUGCGCGACAUUUUAUUCCAACAUUCACUGAGCUGGGUCGACUGCAGCCCGACAUAGCAACGGAUUAAGUUACUGCGGGCGGCGGCGGCGGAUUAUUUUAUUGGCCUGCUGUCGAGCCUUUGGGGUCUGUUUUCCAUUUAGGAGCGGUUCCUCCAUACCGAGUCAUGUCUUUCCGAAGAGGCGUCGUCCGACAGAGCAAGUUUCGCCAUGUCUUCGCCCAGGCAUGGAAGACCGAGCACUGCAUAGAUGAUGUCCGAGUGUCCCGCGUAACGUGGGACAGUCCCCUCUGCGCCGUGAACCCAAAGUUCAUCGCUGUCAUCGUGGAGGCGGGUGGAGGAGGAGCCUUUCUUGUUGUGCCAGUCAGCAAGAGCGGCAGAAUCGAUCAGUCUUCUCCCACGGUAUGCGGCCAUGCGGCGCCGGUGCUGGACAUCCAGUGGUGUCCUCAUGAUGACAACAUCAUCGCAAGUGCCUCGGAGGACUGCACCGUCAAGGUGUGGCAGAUCCCGGACGGGGGUCUGACGAGUCCGAUGACUGAGGCGGUGGUGACCCUGGAGGGCCACAGUAAAAGAGUUGGGAUCCUGGCCUGGCACCCGACAGCUUUCAACAUCCUCCUGACGGCCGGCUGUGAUAACGUGGUGUUUGUGUGGGACGUCGGCAAGGGUGAGCUGGUGUACCAGCUGAGUGACGCUCACCCAGAUCUGAUCUACAGCGUCGGCUGGAACAAAGACGGCAGUGCCAUCUGCACCGUCUGCAAGGACAAGGCCCUGCGUGUCAUUGACCCACGCAGGGGUACUGUCCUCAAGGUGAGAGAGAAGGUCCAUGAUGGCACCAGGCCGAUGCGAGCUGUUUUUUUGGCUGAUGGGAAGAUCCUGACGACAGGUUUCAGCCGUAUGAGCGAGAGACAGCUGGCCUUGUGGGACACGAAGGACCUCUCUGAACCAAUGGCAGUGCAGGAGAUGGACACAAGCAACGGCGUUCUCCUACCCUUCUACGACCCUGACACAAACAUGAUCUACCUGUGCGGAAAGGGAGACUGCACCAUCCGCUACUUUGAAGUGACGGACGAGUCGCCUUACGUUCACUUCCUCAACCUGUACAGCAGCAAGGAGCCGCAGAGAGGUGCCGGCUUUCUCAGCAAAAGAGGCGUGGACGUCAACAAGUGUGAAAUUGCCAGGUUCUACAAACUGCAUGAGAGGAAGGUGGAGCCCAUCUCCAUGACCGUACCACGGAAGUCAGAUUUGUUCCAGGGAGACCUGUACCCGGACACGGCCGGCCCGGAGCCCUCUCUCCUGGCAGAGGACUGGAUCGCCGGGCAGGACGCACCUCCUCUGCUUGUCUCCCUGAGUGGUGGGUACAACGCACCUCCCUCAAAGCACAGGGACACCCUGAGGAGCAACCCCAAGCUUGUAUCGCAGGACUCCUCUGGGGCUGGAGCUGGGGCCGGAGCUGGGGCCGGGGCCGCUCAGCCAUCAUCCGCCAAUGCCGCUGCUGCCACCACCACCUCGGUUACCAGGGAAAUGGAGGGAGAAUUCCGGUCACAAUCCAGAGCGGCCAGAGAGACAGAUGGGACUUCUGACAGGCUAAAGAGAGAGGAGGAGAUGUUGAAUGAGUUGUUGGCAGAGAUGAAGGCCCUGCGCACCGUGGUGCUCGCUCAGAACCAGAGAAUCGACCUGCUGGAAAGGCAGCUGGCUCGCAUCGAGGACGGCGACGUAUGAACACGAGGGAGCGACCGCUACACUCGAAGGGCAUUCUUACUAAAGCUCCAUAGACCAUAGCCUUACUAGAAUCAACAAUACCUUAAGCUGUGCAAGGUGUGGGGGGGGGGUGUAGCCUGAAGUGUAGGUCAGUGACUCGCUGUGAUCGACAAUUGCCUAGAUCCAUAUAUAGUUAUAGGGAAGGAACUGUGACCGCAGUUUGUUUCUGCAAUUCAUGUAUAAGAAAGCGGGUGAGGAAGGGAUUGUCUUCUGCAUAGAAAUCAAACUUUGGCACAGAAGUAGUGUUUUGUUUUUUUCCCCGAGGACCAUUAUAAUAACAUUAUCAGGGUGCUUACCGUGCAGCCUUUGGGUUUGUGACAUCGAUUUGCUUGGAUAAAGUGAUUCAAACAUGUCUGGUAUGAGCUACAUCUUAAUUUUCAAGGGCUUAUAUGUGAGGGACAAUGGCACCGCUGCCACCUGGGAGUGAAUAAUGAGCAACAGCCUGCAAUAAACCAGGCACAAGCAUCACCCUGCGUUAGUUUUACUUAGCAAAAUAUUGAGUUUCCUUCAAUACUUAUUCUUUAUUUCCCUUAUUUGAAAUGCUCACAUAACGUUAUCCAUUAGGGAUGUAUAAUCAGGUAGUUGAAGCUGCUAAGGUGAAAUCUCUUAUCGGACCCGAUAUUGCGUUUGCUUCAGCGCUCCAUAAGAAUCAAUGAAGGUUAAUGGUAGGAAAAUCUUUCCCGUGUACAAAAAAAAUAAAAAUGAUGUGUUGAUAGUGAGAUGUGAAUGAGGUUCAUGCAAAUGUAGCUGUGCAUGUGUGUGCGUGUGUGUGUGCGUGUUGUAAUUCUAUGUGAUUGUUUGAAGAAAAAGGUAACGCUUGUGAUGUUGUACCUCGUGUUGUCAGGAGAGAACGGCAACUUGUUGAAGCCGGCAGUAGGAAGUCUCCUGUUUGAUGUCACGAUGGGGAAAGCGAAGUUUGUGUGUCCACUGGGAACCGCUCUUCGCGACGCUGGCCUCUUUUUGGGUUUUGAGGGGUUUUUUUGUUUUGUUUUUUUUGGUCCUUUUACAUUUGCAAGGAAUAAGAGCUAAGCAAGUUUUCAAUUCUCCAAGUGCCAGAAUUCAAAAAUUCCAAUUUUAACGAAAGGGUCCUAGCCAACAUCGAAGACUGAUUUUUUUUUUUGUGUGUGUGUAGUUUCUCAGUAAUUCCCACAGCCACCACCAAUAUUUCUGCCUAGCACUUGUUAAAUACUAUUAGAAUUUAAAAAAAAAAAAGGAGGUCCCCAGUGGACUCAGAUGCUCCAUUAUGCACAAACUAACACCAAUUUCCAUUCCUACAGUAGCGUUUUGAAUAAAACCAUUCCCAGCUUUUGCAAUUAAAUGUUAAUUGUUGCUUAAUGACUGCAUCCAAGGCACAAGAGAAAAAGAAAAGUUCCAGUAAAACGUUGAGACUUUUCUUUUUGAUUUUUGUAUGAGUCAGAACAGGUCGGUUGUAGCCUUAGGUCUAAUGCGGAGGCAGCUGUUCUAGUGGUGUUCCUGGAUGGAAAGCUCGUAGUGUGUCAUUUUGGGAAGAACGGAAAUAAAAAAAAAAUGUGUUGGACCUUUGCAAUGUGUUACAUCGUCCUUCAGUCAAGGAUACUGUGCGUCGGUACAUUCCACUCCAACUGUACCUUGAUUAUCUUUGUAAUUUCUAUUUCUUUAUGCACUGACUGUCAAACUCUUACUUUCUGUGUGGUUGUGAACCAGUAGGGGAAUUAAAAUGAGAUUGCACUUGGCAAAAACCAAUAAACAUUCAUUCAUUCUUUUUAGU